AUGAAACUCCUAAGUUGGAACCUCCAAGGAUUGGGGAAUCCUUGGACGGUACGUGCUCUUAAUUUCUUUAUUCAUAAUGUUUCCCCUUCCGUUUUCUUUUUAAUGGAGACAAAGUUAGUUAAAAGUGAAUUUAGUAGCAUUUGUAGAAGUUUUAGUUCGUAUAAUUUUUUUAUCGUCGAUUCUAGUGGUAGAAAAGGAGGCUUAGCGCUCUUUUGGAAGAAUAAUGUUGAUGUCACGAUAGGUGGUUCGUCUAGUAACCACAUCGAAUUUGAAGUUUCAGAUAUGACAACUAAUCGUAGAUGGAGGGGCGCAGGGAUUUAUGGCUGGCCAGAAGCUGCCAAUAAACAUCUCACCUGUGAUUUAAUUAGACAGUUGGGUUUGCAAGGAAGUGAUCCUCUCCUGUUAAGGGGAGAUCAGCGAGAAAUUAAUGGGUUUCGUGAGGCGUUAGUUGACGGUGGUCUUGAUGAUUUGGGCCAAUGGCGUGACAUUUACCCGGAUGGUCGAGUUUCUCACUUGGCUCGCUAUCGGUCGGAUCAUUGUCCGAUUGUGGUUGACACUAGUGUUAUUCAGGUAACCAAAGCUCCGAAACCUUUUCGUUUUGAGCAAAUGUGGAUGUCGCAUUCACAGUUUGAGGAAGUUGUGAAGGACGCCUGGAUAGCGAGUUUGGGAAUGACGACGGAGUUUAUGGGCAAAUUAGAGCUUUGCAGCAAUCAGAUGAAGUCUUGGGCGCACGAAGCUUUUGGUAGUGUCAGAAAACAGCUGAAGCAGAAAUUGGACAGCAUCAAAACGCUGCAAGAUGGUGACAGUAAUGUUGAUUCUGAUCGGCAGAUUGCUGUUUUAGCUGCGGAGGUUGAUGAACUGCUAAAUAGGGAGGAGAUCAUGUGGCGCCAAAGAUCUAGAGCUGAUUGGCUCCGAGAGGGCGAUCGUAAUACUAAGUUUUUUCACCAUAAAGCGUCUAGCCGAAAGAAAAACAACAGUAUUACCCGAAUCUGUGAUGACUUCGGAAAUUGGCAGUAUGGGGAGGACAUCUCAAGGGUAGCUAUUAAUUAUUUUAAUAAGAUAUUUACUACUUCUAAUCCCAGUAACCAGAAUUUGGUUAUUAGCUGCAUCCACUCAGCUAUCUCAGAUGACCAGCGUGAUGAACUUCAAAGAUCUUUUUGCGAGGAAGAGAUCCGAUCAGCCUUAAAACAUAUGGGUCCAACAAAAGCCCCAGGACCGGAUGGUAUGCAUGCGCUAUUUUAUAGUUCUUAUUGGCAGGUCAUAGGUCGUGAUGUAGUGAGGUGUAUCCUUGAGUUUAUGCGUACAGGAGUGAUGCCAGCCAACAUGAAUCACACUUUUAUAACACUCAUUCCGAAGAAUGAUUCUCCUGAGUCGAUGAAAGAUUUGCGUCCGAUUAGCCUAUGUAAUGUCAUAUAUAAGUUGAUCUCUAAAGUUUUGGCUAACCGACUGAAAUGUGUGUUGUCGUCUGUGAUUGAUGAAUCGCAGAGUGCGUUUGUCCCGGGUAGGCUUAUCACGGAUAAUGCUAUCGUCGCUUUCGAGAUGUUUCAUUCUAUGGCUAAAAGAUCGCAGGGGAAGAAUGGGUCUAUUGCGCUUAAACUCGAUAUGAGUAAGGCAUAUGACAGAGUCGAAUGGAAGUUCAUAGAGGCAGUUAUGGUUAAAAUGCAGUUUCCGGUCCACUUCAUUAAGCUCAUUAUGGCCUGUGUCACUUCGGUCUCCUAUUCAGUGCUAAUUAAUGGGAUUCCGAGUGGUAACAUUUGUCCUCAGAGAGGGCUUCGUCAAGGAGAUCCUCUCUCCCUUUAUUUGUUCUUGUUAUGUGCGGAGGGUUUUUCAGCAUUGUUACGACAAGGGGUUCGGAAUGGAGAUAUCACUGGUGGAAGUGUUUGUAGAGGGGGCCCAAAAAUCAACCAUCUCUUCUUCGCAGACGACAGUGUCUUGUUUGUAAAAGCCACGGUGAGGGAGUGCACAGCUAUCAAGCGGAUUAUUUCUGUUUUUGAAGAGGCAUCGGGUCAAGUCGUCAAUGGUGAUAAAUCUGAAUUAUGCUUCAAUGCUGCUACCCCGCCAUCUAAUAGACAAGCGGUUCAGAAUAUUUUGGGGUAUAAGGUGGUCACUCACUUUAAAAAGUACUUGGGUAUGCCUACUAUGGUGGGGAGGUCGAAAAAACACAUAUUUGGCUUCCUUCGAGACAGGUUACAUAAAAGGGUUUUAGGGUGGAAGGAGAAUUUUCUAUCAAAGGCGGGUCGUGAAGUUCUUAUUAAGUCUAUAGCCCAAUCUAUUCCCACAUAUAUGAUGAGUUGCUUCGCUUUGCCUGUUUCCUUUUGCAACGAUAUGCAGAGUAUUAUAUCUCGGUUCUGGUGGAGCGGUACAGAUGAUAAGAGGAAAAUUCCUUGGGUAAGUUGGCGGUUUAUUUGCCAAUCGAAAAAGGAUGGCGGACUUGGGUUUCGUAAUCUUCGGGCGUUCAACGUAGCUAUGCUGGGCAAGCAAGCUUGGAAAUUGAUCCAGGAACCAAACUCUCUGUGUGCGACGGUGCUGCGAGCGAAGUAUUUCUCCAAUACUGACUUUAUGCAGGCUAGGCUGCGUCCAGGCUCCAGCUUUGUGUGGCGUAGCAUUAUUAAGGGGAGACGGAUCCUAGAUUGUGGGUUAGCUUGGAGGGUGGGAAAUGGCAGGUCUAUAGAUGUGAAAGGUGACAAAUGGAUCACUUCGUCAAACUAUAUGAAACCGAUUGGCUGUCUGAAUGUGCAGGACGGAAGUCGUGUUAGCGAUUUUAUUGACGAAAAUCUAGCGAAGUGGGAUGUAGAGAAACUUCAGAUAGCAUUUUCGCCAAACGAAGUUGACUGUAUCCUUCAAAUUCCUAUUAGUCAGAGGCUGCCACCAGAUAAACUGUUUUGGGUCCCCAAUAAAAACGGUAAUUAUUCAGUUAAAUCUGGAUAUUAUCAAGCGCGUAACAUUGUGGAGAGGGAUAGAGCAACAUCGUCAGGUAUGUCAAUGAUGCGGGAUUUUUGGAAACAAAUUUGGCGAUGUAAGGUCCAACCGAAGAUCAAGCAUUUCCUGUGGCGAAUUGGGCAUGAUUCACUGCCAUGCAACGCUAAUCUGGUAAAGAGAAUGCAGUUUAUGAAUGAGCUUUGUCCCAGAUGUGGUUUGAAGGAGGAAUCAGCUCUGCAUGCGCUCAAAGACUGCGACGAGGUUCGUGGGAUUUGGCUCUCUUCGCCGUUAUGCUUGCGAGUCGAUAAUAUUCCCAGCACUACUGUGGUUGAGUGGUUAAGGUUGAUGACCAGGUCUCUAAAGACGGAGGACCUUCAAUUAUUUAUUAUGUCGCUGUGGACGAUCUGGAUCGACAGGAAUAACAUUGUUUUCGGUAAUAACAGGCUGCCUCCACAUCUUUUGUUUAGCAACAUUCAUUCACUGAUUCCAGGUGCAGACAAGGAUUCUCGGGAGGCUUUGUUAGAUGAAGUUUCUGCUGUGCAGACGUGGCAACCCCCUCCAACCUCAGCUAUCAAAGUGAAUACGGACGCAGCAGUGUCGACAGAGAGGAAAAGAUCGGUUGCUGGGGCCGUGUGCAGAGAUAGUUCAGGAAGGGUGAUAAAGGGUGGUGUUUGCGUGUUGAAUGGAGUUGUAGAUAGUGAACUUGCAGAGGCUUUGGCUGUUCAGUUUGGCAUGAAGUUAGCCUCUGAGGUUGAGUGUUCAGAGUUGCUUGUGGAGUCUGAUUCACUGGGAGUUAUUCAAAGGCUUCACAACCCGCUAAAUGCUAUCGAUCAUAUUCAACUUAUUAUAGAGGAUUGCCUCGCUAUCCCGUUAAACUCGUCAGUUCGUUUUCAGCAUGUUAGAAGACAUUGUAAUCACAUUGCUCAUACCAUCGCCAAAUGGGGUAUGUUCAUUGGUCGAGAUUAUUCGUUUGACGGUGAUUUGCCUUACCCGAUCAACGAACUUUUUGUUAAUCCGGUUUAG